AUGCCUUGCGGCAAGUGCCUGGGUGCGCCGCUGACGGGCGCAGCGGGUUUGACUACCCUAGUUGAGAGUACAAACAAGUGACACAAGUGAAACCCUUUCUUUUGAUUUGAUGAGGAUUUUUGCAUGAGGUACAUAUCUACUCAGAAAGUGGGGUAGCAAGCCGUUAUAUAGUUAGAUGAAGCUGUACCUGGGUCUCCCCAACAACUGCGUCCAUGGCUGCUUGUGCGCGUUCAUUUGAGUCGAUGAGGAGGAAGCACUUGGGCACUCUGCAAAUGCCCUUCAUGGACCAACAGGCUGACAUCUUCCAGGAAGCAGCAAGGACCACGCCAUCCUCAGGCAGCAUGGUCUGUAGCCUGUUCGAAGGCUCUGCCGGGAAGCCUUCCACCUUGUCGGAGUGGGAUGUUCCCAAGCCCUCGCGGUCUGUCACACCUCCACCAAAGCCGUCCGACAAGGUCUAUGGGCUCCCCAGCCAGACUGCCAGCAUGGAGGGAGGAGUACGAAGGACGCGCGGCGCGUCCGGGCCCAAUCCGGUCUAUGGACCGUCCAAGGUGGGUGGCCUCCUCUGCUGGGAUGCAUGAUUGGAGUCGUGGAUGGGGGGCACCAGAAUUGCCAAGAACGCCUUGAAUCUGGACACGAGGCCCAUGUAUUGGAAGCGUCACGGUUGCCGAACUCGGAAAUGUGGAUGAUCCUGAAAAGGUUCCUCUUCUCAGCUUUUGCAGACCACUCUUGUGGUUGUGGUUGGAUGCUUCUCUGUCGUGAUAGACGGAUAAUCCUUGAACAUUCUGAAGCUGUGCCGUCCAACCGGGUGAAAGCUUCUGGUUAGGUCAAGGAUGUAGAGAUAGGUCUACUGGACUUGGUGUCAGUGACUGAUGAAGAUUGGGUGAAAAAGGCGCUGUUGCCCUGUCCUCAUGUUUCACAAAGCUCGAGCCGUGAGUGCUGCUGUGCUACCAGCAGCCCUUGGGGAGAGGUGAUGGUUGCGAGGCGAAGUUUCACCCU